AUGUAUAACAGAGAUAAACAAACAGAAAAGCGAGCUCGUUUGAUGACAAAACGAACGGAAAGACGAGAGCGGUCUUAUAAGGUGACUGUACUACCAAAACUGCAAUACUGUCGCGUGGUGAGCAGAGAGUGCUGCGGGGCGGGGGGCGCGGCGUACACGUCGGACGCGGUGGAGAGGCACUUGUGCAGUUUGCGGGUACCUUGGGACCGCGAGCGCCUCACUCGCGUCGGACACGCCGCUCCGCCCCCGCCGCCCGCCGAAGCCCCGCCGCCCCCGCCGCCGCCCGGCCCGUUCAUCUACAACACACAUACCAGGCUCACCGCCCGGCGCCCCACUGCCCCUCCGGAUGACGGGACCGAGAGACCGACACAGACCGACGUGUUAAUGGUUACGGGACAAACAUUGACCCCGGACGCGGUGCCACAGAUUGACAGUACAGAUUAUUGGAUUAGUGUGGUAUGGACGAAGAUUCAGCUUCCCCCGUUAGUGUUACGGAUUCUUAGAUGCAUACCUAUUCUGUUGGGCACUUGUACGAUUUCUUCGCUAGUUUCGCCACUGAUCUGUUGGUUUCUCGUGCAGAGGCUCGCUACAAAGUCUCCUGAAGAAAUCACAUUGAUCAGAGGAGGUUCGAUAGUGAGGCGAGAGGCCCGGUCGGUCGGUGCCUCGUCGCGUGUACGAGCGGCUACCGGUGUGCGGCUACGGUUCGCUACUUAG